AUGCUCGAUCCUAAACCGUCUAUUCCUCCCACGGCCGACGCCAAGUCCGACAUCCCCGCAUGUGCCACCAAAGAAUCUUCCUCUCCCAUGCUCCGCCCCGAGGCUGCCCCUCGCACAUUUGCUCCCAAUGCAUCCCUCGUUCUGAUCGGCAUCCGCGGAUGUGGCAAGCGCUCCCUAGGCUUCGUCGCCGCGACCGCGUUGAAGCGACGCUUCAUUACUGAAGACCACUACUUCCGGGAGGUCACGGGCAUCACGCGACAGGAAUACCUCAAGCAGUAUGGCAGCCAGGAGUUCCAGCGCCGCGACAUUGAAGUCCUAAAGAUGAUGCUGGAUAACCACCGCACGGGAUGUGUCGUUGAGUGUGGGCUGGCCAGUCUGACGCGACCUGUGCAGGAUCAUCUGCGUCGCUAUUCCCGGUCCAACCCUGUGGUUCAUUUGCUGCGCGAUAUCGAUCGCAUCCAGCAAUUGCUCGGCCUAGAGGACCAGGCGGUGCGGUUGUUCCGGGAGGGGGACCCGAUGCAUCGGAUGUGUUCGAAUUUCGAAUUCUAUAACCUUGAAGAUCGGAGGCGUAUGUCGGACGAUGGGAGCCCAGAUCGCCGGUCUGCGGAUUAUUCCUUCAAGUUGCAAGAGGUCAAAGAGGAUUUUACACGAUUUGUGCAGUUUAUUACUGGACUCGAUGUGAAUUAUUCGAGCUAUGACUCGCCGUUCGUUCUCUUAGAGACGCCGCCAGAACUGCGCUCUUUUACCCAUGCUAUCUUCGUGCGGUCUUCAGAUCUGAUCGCCGACAAUGUCAACCUGACUGAGCUUGAGUCUGGUGGAGAUGCCAUCGAGCUGUGCGUUGAUCGCUGGAGCCCAGACAUGGCAGCCACCGUCAGCAAACAGGUCUCUGUCCUGCGUCGAAAUGCGCGGACGCCUGUGAUUCUCUCUGUUGACAUCUCCUGUAUCGGCACCGGCUCCCCGGAACCGGCCACCUCUUCUUCUCGGCCUUACUUUGAUAUUCUCGAGCACGGUUUGCGCCUGGGUGUGGAAUAUCUUGUUGUGGAUCUGACUCAAGACCGAUCCCGGCUGGCUGGGACCAUCAGAAGUCGUGGGAAUACCAAAGUCAUUGGGCAGCAGGUCUUUGAGCCAUCUUCCCCACUACAUGGGACACUCGGCUGUCAGCUCGUGCGCCUCCUCCGAGUCGCAACAAAGCGCGAGGAGAAUGCCGCUGUGAUUGAGUUCUCCAAUAAAAUCCGAUCCCUCCCGGGAGAUCACCCACCGCUCAUCGCCUACAAUAUCGGUGCCCUGGGCCGUACCUCACAAGUGUUCAACUCGAUCCUCACUGCAGUAACACAUCCAGCGAUCACCCAAUCUGCAGAGAAUAAGCACGACCCGCAAAUAACCUCUCGCGACGCCGUCCGCGCGCUCUUCCAAAGUUACGUGCUCGACCCACUCAAGUUCUACAUCUACGGAGAGAACGUCGCCUACAGUCUAUCCCCGGCAAUGCACAAUGCCGCACACCAACACUGCGGCAUGGGCCACACCUACAGCAUCCCAGAUUCACCCUCUCUCGCAGUCUUAGACCGACUGGGCCGGGAUCCACACUUUGGAGGAUCCAGUGUCGUGCAGCCAUGGCGUGUACAGGUAUAUCAGAAGCUCGCAUCGAAAAGCCGACAUGCUGAAGCCAUCGGGGCAAUCAACACAAUUAUGCCGCUUCGCGGGCAUGAAGACGGAACGAUGUUCCCACUCCAAGAACAAGCCAGCCGACGCAACCAGGCUGGGCGUGUGCUAGGGUGGUACGGCGAGAACACCGACUGGGUCGGGAUAAUGACGUGCAUCAGGCGACAUCUCUCGCCGCGCAACGCAAUCAGCGCAAAAACAACAGGCCUAGUCAUUGGCGCGGGCGGCAUGGCGCGGGCCGCCAUCUACGCCAUGCUCCGACUUGGAUGUCGGAAGAUCUUCAUCUACAACCGCACGCAGUCGCGUGCCGAGGAAGUCGCGCGCCACUUCAACUCCUGGGCGUCGUCGCAGGUUGACUCGACUGAGGUGGUUUGUGUCUUGCAGUCGCUUCAGGAAGACUGGCCUGCGGGCGUUGCUCAGCCUAGUCUCAUUGCCUCUUGUGUGCCGGCUGAUCCAGAUCGAGAUGAACCACCGGCGAACUUUGAGAUGCCGGUGCAGUGGCUUGGGAGUCCUACAGGGGGUGUGAUACUCGAGUUGGCCUAUAAACCCCUCGAUACACCACUGCUACGACAAAUGCGCCGAGUCCGGAGCGAGACUGGGCGGCCUUGGGUCUUGUCUGACGGAUUGGAGAAUGUUACUGAACAGGGUAUUGCUCAGUUUGAGUUGAUGACAGGCCGCAAAGCACCUCGGCGGCUUAUGACCUAUGAGGUCUUACGCAAUUAUGUAGGUGACAGUGGGCGUUUUGACGAGAAGACUAUUCAGGCUCGUCUAGAUGGUGUUGGGUCUCCGAUGACUGGAAAGGAAUAG